UCCCCCUCUACUCCUCUAUUCUUCCCGGGCUUUGUAAAUUAUCAAAAAGGUGUUUUCUUUUACAUGUGAGGAUGGGCGGCGUUAGAUAGAAAUUACUAUCGCGCUUUAUCACCUCCAAUGAUAAUUUUGGGUUACUUCAGGGUCUGGUUCGCGGCAUCGUACCCUGUGAUAGAGAUGAGUUCCAUACCCAAUUGUAUGCCAUAAUUUGACUGCCCACACGCCAUUCGUGCAGCCGGGUAACAAGGCUGCAGGGCAGCUGUUGCCAUAGGUGGAGAAUCAACUGGACCACGCGGCGGGGCCCCACAAUAAAUGGCCCUAUCAUACUCGUAUCAUACUCGAGCCGUGCUACGGGUAGAACCAACCUCCACCAAUCCGCCAACUCAACCAUGUCAUCCUCAACACCCAAAAAGCGCGGAGCACUAAUAGCUAUAGAAGGCCUCGACCGAGCCGGAAAAUCCACCCAAUGCCAACUCCUAAUGGACCGCCUGGCGGAAAAGAACAUACCCGCCCACUUACAAAAAUUCCCCGGUACAGCAUUCCUUCCGCCCCCCGCCCCCCGCCCCCCGCCCCCCCAUUUGCCUUCCCCAAGCUAAUCUAUCAAACACCCAAGACCGCACAACCCCCAUCGGCAAAAUGAUAAACGCCUAUCUCUCCGCCGCGACCGGCCUGGAGGACCACACGAUCCACCUCCUCUUCUCCGCGAAUCGCUGGGAACUCUCGGCGCGCAUCCUGCAACUCCUGAACGACGGCGUUACCGUCGUGCUGGAUAGAUACGUAUACUCCGGCAUCGUCUUUAGCGCCGCGAAGGGGCUUGGCCUGGACUACUGUCGCGCGCCGGACGUGGGCUUGCCGAGGGCGGACGUGGUCCUAUUCUUGGAUCUGGAUGCCGAGGUGGCGAGACGACGGGGCGGGUUCGGUGGUGAGCGGUAUGAGGUUGAGGAGGUGCAGAGGAGGGUUAGGGGUUUGUUUAAGAAGGUUGGAGAAAGGGAGGUGGACGGGAGGUGGAGGGUCGUGGAUGCUGGGCGCAGUGUGGAGGAGGUUAGGGAGAUGGUUUGGAGUGCCGUGGAGAGAGUUGUGGAGGAGGUUGUGGGGAUGGAGAUUGGGAGGUUUGAAUAGAAAAGUUUGGAUCUGGAGGGUUUCUUUUUCAACUUUUUUUAUUCUCUUUUCUCUCUCCUCCGAUUGGUAAAAGUUGACAGGGGAAAUAUGAGUAAAAGUGAUUAGCUGUACAUUAUGAAGGGGGAGGGGUGACCGUAUAUGAGCAGGUACAGGUAGAAUCCCGGAGGGUUAUGGGGGUAAGGAGGGAGAAGAGGGGAGGAAUAAAUGGACAGAAGGGAAGGAAAGAGUAAAGGAAGAGAGUAAAAAUAGAGUGAAAGAUAAAUAAAACGCCGAUAUCCAAUCCAUUCCCACAGUUCCCGUAGCCUCGCCACGUUCCAAAUCCAUCCGUCACCAGACUUUUCUUUUCAUUUUUUUUUUCUUCUCAGUCCACGUAGAAUACUCAAUUGCCGUCUAUUCCCACAUUCGCCUCUCAAUCCCUCAGCCACGCCUUCCUCUUCUCUUCCUUCCUCGCACGACGCUUCUCCUGAAAAGCCUUGACCUCCUUCCUAGUCAGCUUCCUCGUCUGCCUCUCAGCCUUCAAGCUCCGACCAUCAUGUGAGCUUGCCGCGGCAUCGACGUCAAAGUAAAAUUCCAUCUGCCUGCGGCUCUUGUUCUCGUCAUUGUAGUUUUCCGGCGCCUUGCCAUUAGCGCCUUGGAAUUUGCCAGUGAACCGGUUGAACGCCGCGCGGGAGACGUACUCCUCUUCCGCGGGCUGCGUUGCGUAGGGCGCCGUGGGAUCGUAGUCGCCGUGGAUGGCAGGGUUGUACUGGAUUCUGGUGGAAUCGGAGACGGCGGUGGGGUCGAUGGCGGUGGGAUCGGUAGCGGCGGGGUCCAGAGGGAGGGAUUCGGUGGGAACGCGUGGGUUUGUCCAGGUUGUUUCGCCAGUACGGUGAUUGAAGAAGUAGUAUGCCUGAUAGGUCUCCUCCCACACGGGUGCCCAACCAUCAUCCUCGGUUGCAUCCCCUGGAGGGGGACCUUCGGGUAAUGGGGGGGGGGCGUCGCCAGCGGCGGCCUGUGCGUGUCCAUUUGUGUCGGGAGAAUCCGCUAGAGGCUCAUUUGGCGGUGGGGAUGCCACUUCGCCUUCUUCUUCAUCAUCCGGAUCUUCUCCUUCGUCCUCUUCCCUCCCACUCCCCGAGCUCUCCCCAUCUUCUUCCUCUCCCUCUUCCAGCUCAUGAGAAUUCUCAUCUUCGCUGUCAGACUUCUCGCUAGUGUCAAUCUCCCCUUCCUUGUCCUUUUUUCUCUUCUCCUCGGCUUCAACAGCUGCUUUCACCCGAUCAGGAGUACGUGAUUUUGACCGCGAGCGCGCAGAUUGCGGGGAAUGUGAGCGCGUGCGUGGGGAAGACAUUGCGAGUCUCAGGUGAGGUCGGCUGCUCGAUUUCCGUGA